AGAGAAACCCUAGAAAUGUCCAGUCAGGCAGGAAAACUGCGUCCGGGCUCCUCAACCAAGCCCGAUCGCAAUGCGAAUGAGGAGAACCAACUGGGCGCCAAGCCCAAGAGCCAAAGAACGGACAAUCACCAUCAGAAUCAACCGAAGAUGCUGCCACAUCCCAACUACAUGGAACUGGAGUUCCUUGCCACGGAUCCCACGACAUCGGCGCAGAGUACGGCCUAUCCGGACUUGCCAGUUAGCUAUGCCACCUGCUUGGUUGGUCCACCACCGUACAGGGAUCCGCCGCCUCCCACACCACCGCCCCUCUCCCAAAUGCCCUCGAGGCUCCUCCACUCCGCCCCCAAUACGCCUAGUCGUGGCAAGGUGGUGCUCAGCAAGAAGGAGCGCAAGGAGCUCAGCAAGCAGCUGGGAAUCGACGAAUCCUCGAUCCUGAGCAGCAGCGCCCAGUCGAGUCCCUACAAAGGACGUGUAAGUGAGCUGAAGAACUGCAUAGCUCGUGGCCUGUUUGCCACCCUCCACAGGGGCUCACAGAAAUCGCUGCAGCAGCAGGAGGAAAGACCCAUCAGUCAGGAGAUAUCCCCGCCUCCUCCAGCUCCAGAAUCAGCCAAUAACAAUGAAGAUGUGGCGGAUUACUCAGAAAAGCUAAGGAAUCUACCAGUGAGACAGCGCAAAGCUGCCACCUCGCACAUGGAGAACUACUGUCUCUUUGAUCCCGUGGACUUUAUCAACGAGAAAGCCAUGAGAUAUCCCAGUACUCAAGCCCACGGAUUGAGGGAUCCCCUCUUCAGCUCAAGGCAGCACUUGGUCUGUGAGGAUGAAGAUGAACUGGUGCCAGAAGUAAUAUACGAUAACGAGGAGCUCGAGUUGGAGGAGACUAUUAUCAUAGAGACUUCAGCCAUGCCAGAGGCGGAAUCAGAGGCAGAACCGACUCCCAAGAAUUCAGAGACCAUGUCUAGUUUUGAUCACCACAACUACUUUAUCAUAGACCCAGCGAACUUUCCCAUGGACAUCGGCAUACCUAAUCCCUAUACCAACGAGAAGCUGGUCAAUGCCAAGUUGGAGCAACAGAACCUGGAGAAGCUCUUCAACGAACUGGAGAACACGGCCAGCAUGUCGAACAGCCAGGAGUCCAAGGAUACCGAGACCACAUCCACCGCCCUCGUAGAAUCAUCCACCUCCACGAACUCGGCAAGUUCCGCGGGCAGCUGUUCCCUGGCCAAUCCCGCCCAGCUAUCGAUGAAGAAAAAGCUGACAUUUCUGAACCUUUCGCCCUUUCGCAGCGGCAAAAAGUCUAUCGACAAAAAUACUUCUGAGCAGCAACGGGCCAUUUCCGAGCUGGUCAGCACGGAUCACAUGUUGCACCUGCAACAGUUGUUGCAGCAACAGCGGAAGGAUCAGCGCUCCCACACGGUUCCAACGGAGUCCAACUAUGUGCUCUUCAAUCCUGGCCCAGUGCCCAGUCGGCAUGUCCAGUACAAGAUACGCAAACCAAGACCUCUAUCAACCCACAGCGAUGCGGAUAGUGGUUUCCUAUCACCCUGCUCACCCGAAGAAAUGCGGGCGAAUCCGGCCAUUUUGGUGCUUCAGCAGUGCGACAGUGUUCAGGGAUAUAUGGAGAUCUACACCGACUGGGCCAACUAUUACUUGGAACGUGCCAAAUCGAAAAGAAAAGUCACAGACCUCUCCGCCGACUGUCGAGAUGGACUGCUCCUCGCCGAGGUUAUCGAGGCGGUUACCAGCUUCAAGGUGCCCGAUUUGGUCAAGAAGCCAAAGAAUCAACAGCAAAUGUUUGACAACGUCAACUCGUGUCUGCAUGUGCUGCGAAGCCAGUCGGUCGGCGGCUUGGAGAACAUCACCACCAAUGACAUCUGCGCCGGCCGCCUGAAAGCCGUGCUCGCCCUCUUCUUCGCCUUGAGUCGCUUCAAGCAGCAGGCCAAGCAGACCAAAUCCAUCGGCGUUGGCUGCGGCGGCGGAGUGGGCGGCUCCUCGUCGACUCUCACCGGCGGCGGCUCGGUCCUGGGAAUCGGAAUCGGCGGACUGAGGACUCCGGGAUCCAGUCUGAACCAGGAUAAGAAUCAGCAGGAGCAGCAGCAGCAACAGCAGCAACAAACGCCACAGCAGUUGGCCCAAUCGCUGGAAAACGGCAAUGAGAUGGUGAAUCGACAAAUUGCCCCCGCCUACGCAAAGGUCAAUGGCGGAACUGCCAUUCCACUGCCCGCCACCGUGAUGGUCCAACGUCGCUGUCCGCCGGAUAAAGUGCGUCCACUGCCACCCACACCGAAUCACACGCCAUCAAUACCGGGCCUGGGAAAGAGCGGAAGUGAUUUCAAUACCAGCCGUCCAAACAGUCCGCCCACCAGCAACCACACGAUCCAGAGCCUCAAGAGCGGUAACAACAACAGCCUUCGACCCCCGAGCAUUAAGAGCGGCAUUCCCUCGCCGAGCAGUCCGCAGACCGCUCCCCAGAAGCACUCGAUGCUGGACAAGCUGAAGCUCUUCAACAAGGAGAAGCAACAGAAUGCGGUAAACGCCGCCUCGGUGGCCAGCAAAACGCAGAUUCAGUCCAAAAGGACAUCCUCCUCAUCGGGCUUCAGUUCGGCACGCUCGGAGCGGUCUGAUUCCAGCCUGAGUUUGAAUGACGGCCAUGGCUCCCAGCUGAAACCACCCAGUAUUAGCGUGAGUUCCCAGAAGCCGCAACCAAAGACGAAGCAAUCCAAGCUGCUGGCUGCCCAGCAGAAGAAGGACCAGGCCAACAAGGCGACCAAGCUGGACAAGAAGGAGAAGAGUCCGGCGAGGUCCUUGAACAAGGAGGAAUCGGGCAAUGAGUCGCGCAGCUCCACAAUGGGCAGGACUGGCAAGUCUUCGUUGGUCCGCGCAGUUGGUGGUGUGGAGAAGAACACACCCAAGACGUCCUCGAAGUCCUCUCUGCACUCGAAGUCGGACUCGAAGAGCUCCUUGAAGACACCCCAACUCCUCCAGAGUCCCAGCGGCGGGGGAUUGCCCAAGCCUAUUGCUGCCAUCAAGGGCACCAGCAAGUUGCCCUCCUUGGAUGGUGGUGCUGGCCACCUUCCGGCUGCGGAAUCCCAGCAGAACCAGCAGCUGCUCAAACGCGAAGCCAGCGACAUAUCCUCGAACAUAUCCCAGCCACCUGAGCCCCCCAUCAGCACAAAUGCACAUAUCCAUCAGAAUCAAACGCCACCACCUCCCUACUAUGCAAAUAGUCAGCCAACGAGCCACAUAUCAUCGCAUGGGUUCCUGAGUGAGCCCAGUACUCCGCAGCACAGCUCUGGAAUUUACGGCAGCAGUCGCCUUCCGCCACCGAAGUCCGCCCUGAGUGCUCCUAGAAAGUUGGAGUACAACGCCGGACCUCAUAUACUGUCUUCGCCACCGCACCACCAACGGCAGGGACUGCCGAGACCGCUGGUCAACUCGGCUCCCAACACACCCACCGCUUCGCCAAACAAGUUCCACACGAUACCCUCCAAGAUUGUGGGCACGAUCUACGAAUCCAAGGAGGAGCAGUUGCCCCCAGCACCACCACCAGCCAGUGGGGGCUCCAUCCUGCCCAUGAGACCGCUGCUCAGGGGCUACAAUUCGCACGUGACUCUGCCGACGCGAGGUGCUCGCGGUGGCCACCACCCACAUCAAUCCUACCUGGACUUUUGUGAGUCGGACAUAGGCCAGGGCUACUGCAGCGAUGGCGAUGCUCUGCGAGUGGGCAGCUCCCCGGGGGGAUCGCGAUUCCACGACAUCGACAAUGGUUACCUUUCGGAGGGCAGCAGCGGUCUGAAUGGACCCAGCUCGUCCGCAGGAGGCAUCUCACCCGGAAAGCACUUUCUCAGCAUGAUGCGGGCCCGAACCCAACUGCCCACCACCAUCGAAGAGCGUAUUCGCAACAGUCGCGGCUCCUUGGACAGCAUUGGAACCGCCGCGAACGGCAGCUCAGCGGCCAGCCAGGCCAGCUCCAGCGGCGGCUCCACCACCACCCACGCCCACAACAACAACAAUAACAACAACAAUAACUCGGGAGGCGGCGCUAAAAUGGAUGGCAGUCCCCACCAUCGGCCAGGAUCUCGAAAUGGGCGCGAUAACUGGAGCAAAAUGCCGGAACCGCUCAACGGCCAGAAAGUGGAGAAGUCGGACAAGUCGUCGCCAUCACGUCGCAGCAUGGGCGGCGGUGGGAGUGGCAGUUCCUCCAAGCAGGGAUCGCCCUCCUCCUCCUCGCGCACCAAGGGCGUUCCGCCCAGUUUUGGCUACGUAAAGCGGGCCAACGGCAGCAUCGCCUCCACCGCCGAGCAGCAGAACAUCGCCAUGAUGAUGGCCGCCGGUGGAGCGGCAGCCAAUGGUCUGCCCUGCGGACGCACCGCUCAUGUAUCGGCGGUGCCGCGGACCGCCAGCGGUCGCAAGGUUGCCGGUGGCACCCAAACCCUGCCCAAUGACAUGAACAAGCUGCCUCCGAAUACUCAGCAUCGCAGCUUUUCCUUGACAGGACCAACAGCCACUCAACUGAGUCAGUCGAUUAGGGAGCGACUGGCCACCGGAUCACACAGCCUACCAAAGCCGGGCAGCGAUUUGCACGUAUUUCAGCACAGAAUAUCCAAUCGCGGAGGAACUCGUCACGACGGAUCACUGUCCGAUACGCAAACUUACGCCGAGGUCAAGCCAGAAUAUAGCUCAUACGCCAUGUGGCUCAAGCACAGCAAUACGGCUGGCAGUCGGCUGUCCGACGGCGAGUCCGUGGAGCAGCUGCAGAUUGGAUCCCCGGCGAUGACCCGACAUGGUCACAAGAUGAUACACAAUCGGUCCGGAGGACCAGGUCAGAUGGCGGGUCAAAUGUCGGGCAAUGAAUCGCCCUACGUGCAAAGUCCGCGCAUGAAUCGCAGCAAUAGCAUAAGAUCGACGAAAUCCGAGAAGAUGUAUCCCUCGAUGAUGAGUCGUGCUGGCGAGGUGGAAAUCGAGCCCUACUACUGCCUGCCCGUGGGCACCAACGGCGUGCUAACGGCCCAAAUGGCAGCUGCCAUGGCUGCUCAAUCGCAGGCGGCCCAGGGGAAUCCCGGCGUGGGCGUUAACGUGGGGGGCGUGGCCUGGAGCCAGCCCACCUCGCCCACCCCCCUCGCCCGCGGCCCAUUCAACACGGCGGCAGGUGCAUCGGUGCUAUCGCCCACCCAUGGAUCCACAUCGGCCGCAGGACUCGUGGGUCCUGGCGGAGGAGCUGGUGGUGGUGCAAUGGUCGGGCAUCGGCUGACAUAUCCCAAGAAGAAUGACGAAGUUCACGGCAGUGCCGCCUCCUUGCUGUCCGGAGGCAGUUCCCUAUACGGAAACGCGGAGGAGCGACAGGCGCACGAAAUCCGGAGGCUGAAGCGCGAGCUGCAGGAUGCCCGGGAUCAGGUGCUCAGCCUGAGCAGCCAGCUGUCAACCAAUGCCCAUGUGGUCACCGCCUUCGAGCAGUCGCUGUCCAACAUGACCAACCGACUGCAUCAGUUGACGGCGACGGCGGAGCGAAAGGACGGCGAGCUGACGGACAUGCGGCAGACCAUCGAGCUGCUGAGGAAGCAGUCCAUCCAGGCGGGACUGACCACGGCGCACAUGCAGAGCAUGGGCGUCCAGACCCAGGGUCAAGGUCAGGUUCAGGGCCAGGCGCUGGGUCAGCCGGGCUCGGAUCAGAAGCCACCGAACUCGGGUUCCCAAUGCGCCAUCAAUGCCAACAAUGGGUCAAUGCCACUGGGAAUGCAGCGCCAGCAUAGCACCGACUCCAUGUGCUCACUGAACUCCAUCAGCUCGGGCUGCUCGGCGGCCCAGGACAAGAACAAGGCGAACAAGAAGAAGGGCUGGCUGCGGAGCAGCUUCACCAAGGCCUUUUCCCGCAAUGCCAAGAUCUCCAAGACGAGUCGUCAUGUGGGUCACCAUCAUCAUCACAACCACUCGCAGCAAGAGUUGGCCUCUGGGAAACUUCCCCUGCACAAUGGUCACGGUGAACCCUUGGGACUGGCCUCGUUGGCCACCCAACCUGCUCCUCCCCUGCCGAAUAGCAAGCAGAGCAGUCCCGCCAAGACCGUCACCCUCAUAGACAAUGCCAAGCCCAUCGAUGCCAUUGACCAGGAGGAUCAGCAUGUGGUCGAGGACCUCAAGAAGCAGCUGCGCGAAAAGGAUCUCGUCCUGACCGAUAUUCGCCUGGAGGCCUUGAGCUCGGCCUCCCAGCUGGAGAGCCUCAAGGAGAUGAUGAACAAGAUGCGGGCGGAGAUGAUGUCCCUGAAGCACAACAACGAGCGUCUCCAGAAGCUGGUGACCACGCGAUCGUUGGCCGGUUCGGAGGCCAGCUUGGGACAGGCCAUCAGUCCCAAUGGAUCAGUGGCUGGAAGCUCUGAGGUGUCGAGGCGCUACUCCCUCGCCGACAGCAACAAUCGCCCACCCAUGGAACUCCCAGGUCGACUUAGUGAAGAACUUGAACUGGAGGAGGACUGUUUGCCACCUGCCCCGGCUCCCGAACAACCUCCACCACCGGCUCCCAAUGGCGUCAGUGUGGCUCCCCUUAGUCCCAGUACCCACGUAGACCUAACGCCGCCACCUCCUGCCUUGGAGGCGGCACCUAUGGCCAGUCCGGUGCACAUGGCCAGUGCCACGGAGGAGUUGGCCGAUGUGUGCGAUGGCAAGAAGAUAGCCAUUGCCUGUUAUCUGGGUCAGCCAGAGGCGUUUGCCAAGUACUGUGAGGAGCUGCAGGAGCUCGACGGCUUCUAUGCCAAUGGCCACGAGGCGGAUAGCCAAUCCCAAAGCGAGAGGAAGUCCAACUAUGCCAGCGCCAGCUGCAACGAGUUCGUCAUAGCCUGCACCUACAUAUCCGGCAAGACGACGUGGCAGAAUCUGGACUACGUGGUGCGCAAGACCUUCAAGGACUACGUGGCGCGCAUUGAUCCGGGCACCAACCUGGGUCUCAACACGGACUCCAUUACCUCGUACCACCUGGGAGAGGCGAAGCGGGGUCCCGAGAUGGGAUUCCCGGAACUCCUGCCCUGCGGUUACAUAGUGGGCAGUGUGAGAACCCUAUACAUUUGCCUCCAGGGUGUGGGAAGUUUGGCUUUCGACAGCCUCAUCCCGCGCAGUAUUGUCCACCGAUACAUCAGCCUGCUCACGGAGCACCGUCGUCUGAUCCUGUGCGGACCCAGCGGCACUGGAAAGUCCUACCUGGCCCGACGACUAGCCGAGUUCCUGGUAGCCCGCUCCGCCAGGGGCAAUCCUUCGGAGGCCAUUGCCACGUUCAAUGUUGACCACAAGUCCUCGAAGGAUCUGCGUCAGUAUCUGGGCCACAUUGCCGAGCAGGCUGCCAUUGCCAAUGGAGUCUCCGAGCUUCCCUCUGUGAUUAUUUUGGACAACCUGCACCACGCCUCCGCCUUGGGCGACGUCUUCUCCUGUCUCCUGAGCGCUGGGCCCGCCAACAAGCUGCCCUGCAUCAUUGGCACCAUGUCGCAGGCCACUUGCAACACCACCAACCUGCAGCUGCACCACAAUUUCCGAUGGGUGCUCACAGCCAAUCACAUGGAGCCCGUGAAAGGCUUCCUGGGUCGCUUCCUGAGGCGUCGACUCUUCCAGCUGGAACUGCAGACGCAACAUCCUCAGCCGGAGCUGGCGGCAGUGCUGGCCUGGUUGCCCUCCGUUUGGCAGCACAUCAACCGAUUCCUGGAGGUGCACAGCUCCAGUGAUGUGACCAUUGGUCCGAGGCUAUUCCUAGCCUGCCCGAUGGACCUGAAGGACUCACAGGUGUGGUUCACCGACAUCUGGAACUACCACCUCUCGCCAUACUUGGUGGAGGCGGUGCGCGAGGGAGUUCAGCUCUAUGGACGACGAGGAGGCGCCUGGAACGACCCCUCCGCCUUCAUUAGGAACUCCUAUCCGUGGCCCUAUGGUCCGGACUCAGUGCCUCCACUACGGCAAAUAAAUGCCGAGGAUGUGGGACUCGAAGGCGUGGCCCUAACCAACGGAGACCAACAGGAUCCCUUGCUCAACAUGCUGAUGCGCCUGCAGGAGGCGGCCAACUACUCGGAGGCCCAGGAUCAGGAGUCCGAUUGCGCCAGCCUGGACUCGAAUGUCACGCCCGAAAGUUCCGCUGGAGCCGAGUGAACAGCUGAAGAAACCAACCACUUCGUACAUGCCAAAUUUAGAUGGACUAACUGAGAGGAACACGCCAGCUGAGGGUCUGCUGCACCCAAGACAUCCUUGCCCCCGCACAAAUGAGACUUCUUGCACUACUUUCGCAGCGAGGUUCAAAAGCAGUUCCAAGAGUUUUCCAUUUGCACCAAGUCACCGACCUUUCCACCCAUCGUUUCUAGGCACUCCCUGCCAUCUAGAGUAAAUUGCACUUUUUAGCGCACUUGUUAAAAAUGCAAAUUGUCCAAGCCACAAACUGAACCUGAUAAGGAAGCACUACCAUCCCAAAAAGCAAGGACCCCGGCUGCGUUUCCGAAAAACCCAAAUCUUGAGAAAAGAAACCUUAACUAACAUGAAAUGUUAAAGAGAUAAGACGAGUGAAUUCAUUAUUGUACAUAUAGAACAAAGUAACCCCAAAUCCCCUAUGCUUAAGUGUGAAUCUGACCGACGGUCUAGACUUUUUAUACCCUUUAUCCCAGCCCAGAACCGGCGGAUCAUAUGAAUUAAAUCGCAACUAAUACCUAACUCUACUGUAAAUGUAGCUAUAAGUUUUUGCUACUACCAAUUUACAAGAUGUAUAGUUGAAGAAAAAAGCUUUCACUUUAGUUUAAUUAUUUGCGUAAUUAUCAUUAAAUAUUGUUACAAACAUAUUGCAUAUUUAUAAAGCCCAAUAAAGCAAAAUACCAUUAACAUAUUUAUUAUGCCAAGCGGCGCUUAAACACAGGAAUACGCGAAAGUGAAUACGUAAUGCCCCAUCCUCGAUAAAAUAGCUAAAUUUCCGAACUCCAGAUCCCUAUCGAAAGAUAAGCUCAUGUAAUACCAACUCAAGCAGCAAACUAUAUGAUACGAUAAAGCAAAUUAUGUGUCUCUGUCUAAUUUAAAUGUGUGCAUUUAUGAGAUAUGACAUCAAAUCAAAAUAAAAUAUAAUAUCAAACAUUCA